AUGGCGAUUGCAACACUUUUCAUCGACCUCCAAAACCAUGUUGCUGGCCACACAUGGGCGUCAACACUAUUGCUGAUAACCGCGGUGCCAAUCAUCUACGUCGUCUUCAAUGAGGCUAUCAGAGCAAAUGCACGAAUUUCCGGCCUCAAGGGUCCUAGGGGACUCCCUUUGAUCGGCAAUAUUUGGGACAUUCGUACCAAUGCGGCGGAACGGUACCGUCAGUGGUCAAAAUCGUAUGGUGGUGUUUUCCAGAUUCAACUUGGAAACAUCCCAGUGGUGGUGGUGAAUACGGCAGCGACAGCAAAAGUCAUAUUUGGACAAAAUUCCCAGGCUCUUGCUUCACGACCCGAGUUCUAUACGUUUCACAAAUUGGUGUCAGACACCUCUGGCACAACCAUUGGAACAUCCCCGUACAGCGAGUCGCUAAAGAGGCGCAGAAAGGGCGCGGCCUCUGCUCUCAACCGUCCAUCCGUCGCUACAUACGUACAACACCUCGACGUCGAGUCCAAAGACUUUAUCAAGGAGCUCUACACAUACGGAAAGGGCGGCAAAGAAGCUGUCGACCCGAUGCCCAUGAUCCAGAGACUGUCGCUUUCGCUGGCACUAACCUUGAACUGGGGAACACGCAUGGGCAGCCAAAAGGAGGAUUUAUUCCACGAGAUCACACAUGUUGAGGAGGAGAUUAGUCGCUUCCGCUCCACCACUGGGAACCUGCAGGACUACAUUCCCCUCCUCCGCAUCUUGCCGUUCAAUACGCACUCGGCCAAAGCGAGAGAGAUGCGCAACCGGCGGGAUGUAUAUCUCACCAACCUGAACCGCGGACUGGACGAGCGCAUGGCAUCCAACAGCCACAAGCCCUGCAUCCAAGCCAAUGUCAUCAACGACGCUGAAGCCAAGCUAAACAAGGAAGAGUUGACGUCCAUCAGCCUGACAAUGCUGUCAGGUGGACUCGACACCAUCACCACUCAGGUCGCUUGGUUCUGCGCGUUGCUGGUCAAUAGACCCGACAUACAGGACAGGGCAGCGCAAGAGAUCCAAAAGUUCUACAGUGACGACAAGCCUCUGUGCGACUCCGAGGACGACCAGCAGUGCGCAUACAUUGUCGCCUUGGUCCGCGAAUCUUUGCGCUACUACACUGUGCUCAGGUUGGCGUUGCCAAAGUGUUCGAUCAGGGAUGUUGUCUACAACGGCGUUACGAUACCCAAGGGCACUGUUGUCUUUCUGAACUCGUGGGCAUGCAACAUGGAUGACGAGACCUGGUCUGACCCAGAAGUGUUCCGUCCUGAGCGCUACCUCGAGCAACCUGAUGCGCCCAUGUUCACCUAUGGCAUGGGAUACCGCAUGUGUGCCGGCUCCCUACUGGCAAACCGCGAGCUGUACCUGGUCUAUAUGCGACUUUUGAAUAGUUUCCGGGUCGAGAAGUACGAUGAAAUUGAUUCGCACCCGCUCACUGGCAAUUCGGAUCCCACUAGUCUCGUCGCCAUGCCGAAUCGCUAUCGUGCCUUGUUCGUGCCGCGCAACCCGGCGGCGUUGUCGGAAGCCUUGAGUGCCAAGUGA